AUGACGCACCUUGGGCCGCUCCUGCGCAAGAACUUGGCGCUCAAGCGCCGCCAUCCGAUAGCUGUCUUCUUCGAGAUUGUGCUCCCGACGGUGUUUUUGAUCCUCUUGUCGCUUCUUAAGUCGAAUUUCGACAGCGGCGAGCCAAUCAAGGUCACCAAGCCGGGAUACGAUGACCGUACGCUCUUUGACGGCCACAGCGCUCGGGAGCCGCCGGUGCAAGCGCUCCUCUACAACUGGUACAGCGAAGGCUCGGCCUAUUCGUACUCAUACGACACCACGCUGCUCUCGCAAGAAUGCAAAAACCACCUUCUCCUCUCGGCACCGGCGCCGUCGCUUGCGUGUCGCCCGCCGCAGCUCGCGAUCGUACCCGACACGGCGUUUACGCGCAAGUACUUUUUCGGUGCGCUCAAGCAGUGGUACCCGUCCGUGAAGGUCCCACUGGCGACGGACGGGUCGGUGACGCUGCCGGGUCUCUCGGACACGUCGGUGGUGUUUUUUCCUUCCGAGACGGCACUCGAAGCGUACAUUCAAGGCAGCAACUACGGCAACCAGACCGACGCGAACGGGGCCGCGCUCAACGCCAACUCGUACGACCCGAUCGUCGCCGCAGCCGUCGUGUUCUCGGACGCACCGACGGACGCGGCGAUUGGGACGCCCGUGUCGCUCAACUACAACUUGCGUUUCCCCGUCAACAACUAUGGCGACGGCGCGAGCGCUGUGCCGACGACGACGACCAGUUACGUGCCGUACCGGACGUUUGUGUCGUCGACGGCCCGCAACACGUACACGGAGCGCGGCUUCUUCACAUUGCAGACGCUCGUCACGCGCUUUGCAACGUGUCGCCCUGACUGGCAUGCGGCAAACCAGACGACGACGGGGCGAUGCCAGCAGUCGGCCGCGGUGGGCCCGGCGUCCCUCGAUGCCACCAACAAGGACGUGUGGGUGCAUGCGCUCUCUAGCUUGCGCCAGAGCGGCAAACCCGUUGUAGCACAAGACUGGUCGUCGCUUCCGUCGACGACGACGGCGUCGCUGCUUGCGCCGCUGCGCUUGCAGCCGCAACCACACGUCCUCAGUGCCGGCUACGACAUGCCGGGGCGCGGCAUCACGGAGCAGUGGUUCCUCGGCGGCGACCGGUCGACGAUGCCGAUGUUUCUGCCCGUGACAUUCCUCCUCUUUUCGGUGCUCGUGUUUGGCCGCCUCGUGACGAGCUUGGUGCUCGAGAAGGAGACGCGCGCCAAAUCGUACAUGCAGGCGCUCGGGCUUUCGCCGACGGCGCUCGUCGUGUCGUGGUACAUGACAUACGGCGUCGUGCUCUUCCUCGGUGCGCUGCUCCAGAUGGGCGUCGGGUGCUGGACGCUUUUCACGUUUUCAAGUCCUCUCGUGCUCCUCUUGCUCUACGUCUGCUUUGGGCUCGCGUGCAUUGCGUUUGGCUACUUUCUCUCGAGCCUCUUUGCGUCGGCGAAAACCGGCGCCAACAUCGCGCAGCUCGUCUUUCUGCUCUGCGCCGGUGUCUCGCUCGCGUUCAACGACAAUUCGUCGGCGACUAUCAAGGCGGUGGCGUCGCUCUUGCCGCCGACGGCCUUUACGUUCUCGAUGCAAGUGAUCAUGCAGGCCGAGUACAUUGCCACCGGCAUCUCGCUCGGUGCGAUCGGGAGCUUUGAACACCGGCAAUACUCGCUCCGCACUGGCUUUUGCAUGCUGCUGGCCGACUUUGUGCUUUUCACGCUGCUUGGUGCGUACGUCGAGCAGCUCAACGACGGACACCCAUGGAACUUUCCCAUCACAAAGCGCUACUGGACGUCGGCGGCCACGGGCGCGACGGCGUCGCAUACCAAGACGACGACCGCGAACCGUAACAUGGAAGCCGUCGACGCACAGCUGCAGGCGCAAGAAGCCGACGGCCGUGCGCUUCAAGUGCUCGGUCUCCGCAAGGCGUUUGGCAAAGGCAAAGUCGCGGUCGACGACCUCCAUAUGGCCAUGUACGAAGGGCAGAUCACGUGUCUUCUCGGCCACAACGGUGCCGGCAAGACGACGACGAUCUCGAUGCUCACGGGCAUGCUGCGCCCGACGUCUGGGUCGGCGUCGUUCCGGCACUUGGACUUGGGUAACGAUCUCGCCGCACUCCGCAAGUACCUGGGUGUCUGCCCGCAGCACGACAUUCUGUACGACGACCUUACCGUCCGUGAGCACCUGUCGUUCUACGCCAGCAUCAAGGGGCACUUCGACAUGGCGGUCGUCGACGCCAUGCUGGACGACGUCGGUCUCACAGACAAGGCCCACGUCCAGGCGAGCGCACUCUCGGGCGGCAUGAAGCGCAAGCUCUCGGUCGGCAUCGCGCUCAUCGGCGGGAGUGCGCUCGUCUUCCUCGAUGAGCCGUCGUCGGGUAUGGAUCCGUACAGUCGCCGGAGCAUGUGGGACCUUCUUCUGCGCAACCGAGCGGGGCGUGUCAUGAUCCUCACGACGCACUACAUGGAAGAAGCCGACGUCCUCGGCGACCGCAUCGCCAUCAUGGCCGACGGCGCGCUCCGGUGCGUCGGCUCGUCGCUGUUUUUGAAAAACCGGUUCGGUGCUGGCUACACGCUGACGCUUGUCAAGGCCCACGCUGACGUCGACAUUUCGGAUCUCGAGCAUCUUGUGCAUGCGUUUGUGCCGUCGGCGACGCUGCACUCGAACGUCGCGGCUGAAGUCGCGUUCCAGCUGCCAACGGACCAUGCGUCGGCGUUUCCCGGUCUCUUCCGCGCCCUCGACACGCAGAUGGCAGACGUCGGUGUCACCUCGUACGGUGUCUCGGUCACGACGCUCGAAGAUGUCUUUAUCAACGUCACGACUGCGACAGCAACGACCGGCGAUAUCGUCGUGCCGAUUCUCGAAGACUCGGGCGUGCCGUCCGAUCGCGAGACCGCACCGACCGUGGUGGCGGGCCGCCGGAGCCAAGUCAUGGCCCUUCUCAAGAAGCGCUUUCACGUGGCCAAGCGGGACAAGAAGGCACUGUUCAUCGCGGUUCUGCUCCCGGCACUCCUCCUCGCGACUGGGUUUGGGACCAUGAAGCUGAUCUAUGCCAGUACGUUGGAAGCUGCCGAGCCGCGCCUUCCGCUAUUGACGACCGAGUACCCGGUGCGGGCCGCGCCGUACUACUGUCUCUCAGACGUCAACAGCGGCUGCACGCGCGUCUUUAGUAGCUUCUCGGGCGCUACGACAAAGCGCGUUUCGACCUUUUCGACGCCGCUUUUUUCGUCGUCGAGCCCCGACGUCUUUAGUGUGACGUACUCGCCGCCGUCGUUCAAUGUCUCGAGCGUCAACGCCACCGUGCUCCGAUUCGCGCAGGCGCUGCUCGACGGAACCGCGAUGCAAGCGCAAAUGGGUGCGUACAUCGUCACCGCCGACACGAACGUGUUUAGUUACAGCAUCUUUGCCAACUCGAGUGGCGACCACGCGUCCGCGAUCUACAAGGUGCAGAUGGACCAAGCGCUGCUUCGGUCGCUCGCUGGUACCAACGACAUUUCGCUUACCGUGGCCUCGUACCCGCUGCCGGCGUCGCGCACCGAGGCGGCGCGACGGAAGGCACACAAGGCUCAGUGGGGCCAAACAAUCGGGUUCACGGCCAACCUCUUCUUCCUCACUGCUUUUGCUGUCUUUCCGGGCGCCGCCAUGACGUUCCUCGUCAAGGAGAAGCAGCUCACGGCCAAGCACCAGCAGCUCGUGUCCGGCGUCAAGGUGCAUUUGUUCUGGGCCGCCAACUAUGUCUGGGACCUCGGUUCGUACCUCGUGCUCUUCGUCUUGGCGCUCGCGAUGAUCCAGGCGUUUGGUGUCACGGCCUUUCAAAACUCGGCGUCGACCGUCGCCCACGCGUUUACCGCCGUCGUCGUCAUCUUUGGUCUCCUCGGCUUCGCGCUCGUGCCGCUCACGUACCUCGUGUCGUUUCUGCUGCAAGAGCACGCGUCGGCGCAGAACACUGCGAUUCUCUUCCACUUGGCGACCGGUCUCAUCCUCUUUAUCGUGCACUUGCUCAUGAAGACCAUGUUGGACACAGACCUCUCGCCGGGCUUUUGUCUCUUCCCGCUCUUUGCCGCCGGCCACGCCCUCGACAAGAUCUCGACCGCCAAGAACGUCACGGCCGUCGCCGCCGACGGCUCGCCGACGCUUGUUCGCGCCGAGGCCUUUGACAGCGCCGUUGCGGGCAACGACAUGCUGUAUCUGGCGGCGACUGCAGUCAUCUUUACCAUCCUCGUCCUCGUUGUCGAGUAUGUCUCGACCAAGUCGCUGCACAAGAAGAACGCGUCGGCGAAAGCAGCCGUGACGACACCGGUGCUCAACGUCGACGUCCAGGCGGAACACGACCGCAUCGUCUACUCGAACGGAUUCCUUGCCGUCCAAGACCUCUCGGUGGGCCUGCCGAAGGGCGAGUGCUUUGGGUUCCUCGGUAUCAACGGCGCCGGCAAGUCGACGACGCUCAAGAUGCUCAUGGGCCAAGUCGCACCGUCGGCCGGCGCCGCGUACCUCGCUGGCUACGACGUCUACAGCCAGCAAACCGAGUCGCGCAGCCUCGUCGGCUACUGCCCGCAGUUCGAUGCGCUCUUUGACACGAUGACGGUCCGCGAACACUUGGAGCUCUACGCGGCGCUUCGGGGUCUUGACGUCGCCAGUGCAUCGACCGCCGUCACGUCGCUUUUGCACAAGCUGCAUCUGCAGCCGUUUGAGCACGUGCUUGCGGGCGACCUCAGCGGCGGCAACAAGCGCAAGACGUCGGUCGCGAUCGCGAUGAUCGGGUCGCCGCCCAUCAUCAUCCUCGACGAGCCGUCGACGGGCAUGGACCCGGUCUCGCGCCGCUUCAUGUGGGAGCUCAUCUCGGACAUUUCGACGACGCAGCGCGAGUCGACGGUGAUUCUGACGACCCAUUCGAUGGAGGAGUGCGAAGCCUUGUGCUCGCGCGUCGGCAUCAUGGUCAGCGGCCAGCUCGAGUGCCUCGGAAGCAUCCAGCACCUCAAGCACCGGUUCGGGAACGGCCUCGUUCUCGACAUCAAGCAGCACUUGCCGACGGCAUCGGAGGUCGAAAUGCUUGUCAACACGUUGCCGCCGUCGCUCUCGUGGGCCGACGUCGAAGCCGCGUGCACCCGCCUCAAGCAGCCCCACCGCAUGGCAUUUGUUGACCACGACCACGACACGGGCCGGCUCGUUGCGCUCGCGCUCGAGGCUGACGGCGCGAUCGGCGCCGAGACGUUUGCCAGCUGGUGGCUCGUCGAGGACCAGCACGACGCGCUUCUCGCCCAGCUCGCAAGUGUCCACGGUCGCUUUAGCGUGCUGAGCCGCCAAGGCACGUUCGCCCGCAUCCAAGUGCACGUGAGCCUCGCGCAGAUCUUCGGGGUCAUCGAAGACGCCAAGGCCACGCUGCGCGUCGCCGAGUACAGCGUCGCGCAGACGUCGCUCGAGACGAUCUUCAACCAGUUUGCGAGCAAGCAAAAGAAGGAGGACGACCGCGUGCUGACCAAGAAGGGGUGUUGCCGCCGCCGCCGCAAGACGCCUGGCGUGACCAGCAACUACGUCGCCGUCACGGGCCCGUAG